AUGAUGGCUCAAAGUGAGGGACUGAUGCAUAUGAGUAGCACUUUCCUGAAGCUUUGGCUGUGGUUAUUACUCUUUUAUUCUGGUUGGCCCACGGUUGGAUAUGCACAACAUUCCAACCCCCCUGAAGUGGUGAUACCUUUGAAGCUAACUGGCGAUGGGAGAAGUGGUAGGCAUCCACUCUGGAUCUCCUACAGCCUACACUUUGGGGGCCAAAGAUACAUUGUCCACAUGAAGAUCAAGAAGUUUUUCAUAUCCAGACAAUUCUCUGUGUUUAGCUACACAGACCAGGGAGCUGUCCUUAAGGAUGAACCAUUUGUCCCAAAUAAUUGCUAUUACCAUGGUUAUGUGCAAGGAGAUCCAGAUUCUCUGGUGGUUCUUAACACCUGUUUGGGGGGCUUUCGUGGAACACUGAAAAUAAAUAAUAUGCGUUAUGAAAUUAAGCCCAAGAACCAUUCUGCCACCUUUGAACAUCUGGUUUAUAAGAUGGAGAGUAAGGAGACACAUUUCCCCAUCAUGAGAUGUGCAUUAACAGAAGAAAUAGCACAAUUGAAGUUUCAAGACAGUGAUAAACCCAUUGAAAGGCAAAGCGAUUAUAAGGGCUGGUGGACCCAUAGAAAUUUUCUUGAACUUGUAUUGGUUGUGGACAAACAACGAUUCAUUUAUCAUGGAAGUAAUGCCUCAAAUGUGAUACAGGAAGUAUUCAGCAUUAUGAAUGAAGUCAAUUCCCUAUUACUUUCACUAGAUGUUGAUGCUAUUUUACUUGGACUCGAGAUCUGGAAUGAAAAAAACUUUGUGUCAGAAAAGACCAUAGCUGAUGCACUGUCAGGCUUUUGCCUUUGGAAGACAAAAAGUCUUGAUCCUCGGAUACAAAAUGAUCUGGGACAUCUUUUCACACAGCAAGAUUUUGGUUUAACUCUCGGCUUAGCAUAUGUUGGAAGUGUAUGCAAUGAAAAUUAUAAUUGUGGAGUUGAUCAUGUUGGGGAGGAUUUGCAUAGCAAUGGACACACGGUGGCACAUGAGAUAGGUCAUAAUUUGGGUAUGCUUCACGAUGAUCAAAACGAGUGUGUAUGCGGAAUGAAGGAAUGCAUAAUGGCACCAACAGAAAAUGAAUCCACACAAUUCAGCAACUGCAGUUAUUCUGCUCUGAUAAAAACAACUAAGAAAACAAAUUGUAUGCGCAUGCCACCAAGCCCAUUGCACGUAUAUAAAUAUGAGCUCUGCGGGAAUCAGGUGAUUGAUGCUGGAGAGCAGUGUGACUGUGGAUCCCUCAAAGAAUGUGCAAAUGACCUAUGUUGUCUAGCAAACUGCACUCUGAAAUAUGGGGCUGAAUGCGCUUCUGGGCUCUGUUGCAAAGAUUGUCACCUCCUGCCUUCAGGCACAGUGUGCAGAGCAAAGGAAAAUGAAUGUGAUCUUCCUGAAUGGUGUAAUGGAACUUCACAGCAUUGCCCAGAGGAUGUGUAUUUGCUGAAUGGAUCUCCUUGCUUCAGCACUAGCUUCUGCUAUAAGAAGAGCUGUAAUAAUCGGGAUGAACAAUGUCAGAAGAUUUUUGGUGAAAAAGCCAGAAAUGCACAAAGUAAAUGCUACAGGGAAAUGAACACCCGUGGUGACCGUUUUGGAAACUGUGGUUUAACUAGCUAUAAAUACAUCAAGUGUCCCAUCUCCGAUGUCCUCUGUGGGAGAGUUCAGUGUGAGAACAUUUCAGAGUUUCCUUCUUUGGAAGAACACUCUAAUAUUCAUUGGACUCACUUCAAUGAGGUCACCUGCUGGGGCACUGACUACCAUUGGGGGAUGACCAAAGUAGACACUGGUUAUGUGAAAGAUGGCACGGAGUGUGGGAUAAGACAUGUGUGCCUCAGCAAGAGGUGUGUCUUGAGGCCAUUUUGGUCAAGUGGCUGUUCACCAAGAAAAUGCAAUAUGAGAGGCACCUGCAAUAAUAAACAUCACUGCCAUUGCAACAAUGGGUGGGACCCACCGAACUGCUUAAUAAAAGGCUUUGGAGGGAGCAUUGAUAGUGGCCCACCUCCAAAGGUACCCAUUACCUUUGUAGAAGAUGAAAGAGUAAACAAAAAGAAUUACCUAAUACCAAUUUUGAUGCUUUGCUUUUUUGUCCUGUUCUUCUGUUUGUUCAUGGUUUAUUUGAAGAAGUUUCUUUGA